GUCAGUGCAAUGUUUCCAUAGAUGUUGUGUUAUCAAUGGGAACGAGGAAAUCCACAUUUAAUUAGCUGGCACAGCAACGCCAGCUGAAGCAUUAAAUGUCCGGUUUGUCCACAUAAGUAAAAAGAGUCAUCGAGUUUCUUCUCGUCUGUCAAGAAACUGCAGUAACUACCGAGUACCGUAAGUUCAAAUAUUGCUACCAAAUUGUAGAAAAAUAGCUAAGUAUGCUUGUAGCCUAUUGUAGCGCCAAUCUAGUUUGCAUCUUUACUUUAAAGUGUAAUCCUCUGGGUAAAACCUGCAGUGUUUACCAAGAGAGCAAAGAUUAUAUUUUACAGAUGACUCCUAAAAGGUGUUUCGCAAUACAAAACUAGCACAUGUGGAUCCGUUCAGCUGCUGGACUGAGCUAGCAGCUGUGUGACAUUAUGAUCACGAUAGCCCUUGGAGCAAGAGGAGCCCUCCUCAGCUUGAGGUGCACUUUGCAGAGAGCAGGCUCCUUUGCAAGACUUGGACUCAUUCAGAACACCAGAUCCGGUUUUGUUAGAAGGGGGCAGAUUUUAACCCGCAUACCCAAGAUUACACUGCUAUGUUGGGGUGCAGUCAACGGUUCUUUAAGUGCAGUCAGAUGCCAGGAAGUUCUUGUUCAACCCCAGGCUUCGGAAAAAAAGUCUUUGGCUAAAAUCCAAGUGCACAGACUUAUAUUUUUUCUUCGCCUCAGCUUCCGGGCGUUGGUCCUGCUCUUCAAAUUUGUCCCCCUUCUUCUCCUUUACCCCUUGGUUCUGGUGUUUACCCGCUGGAUGCCUCAUUGGCUCGAUGCUUUGCUGUGGGUGACUGAGACCUCUGGUCCUACUUUCAUCAAGCUGGGGCAGUGGGCUAGUACUAGACGAGACAUCUUCUCUCAAGAUUUCUGCAACCGUUUCUCCAGGCUCCACGUCAAGGUACGCCCUCACUCCUGGGCUCAUACCAAGCAGUGCCUCCGGCGGGCUUUUGGGGAGGGCUGGAGAAGGGUUUUGGUGUUUCGGAGUAAAGAACCGGUGGGAUCAGGAUGCAUUGCACAGGUAUACCGAGGCUGGGCCAGGGUGGACCAAGUGGAGGACCCAGCUUUCCAAUCAAUAGUAGAGGAGAUGGAAAAAGACGAUUUGUUGGAAGCCUGGGAGAUCCCUGGUUUAGGGGGCAUGGCAAGAUCUCUGAGGCAGCUCUGGAGGGGGAGUGGGGAGGAAGAGAGCAGUGAGGACAAAAGUCUUCUAGAUGGUCAGCAGGAGGAGCGCCUGAUACCUGUGGCAAUCAAGGUGGUCCAUCCAGGAGUGAGGAGACAAGUGGAGAUAGACCUGUUGCUCAUGAAAGCAGGUAGUUGGCUUCUGCACUGCCUGCCUGGACUCAAAUGGCUCAGUAUUUGUGAGAUAGUGGAGGAGUUUGAGAAGCUCAUGACCAAACAGAUUGAUCUCCGUUUUGAAGCCAGAAACAUAGAGCGUUUCCAGACGAAUUUCCGUGAUUUUGAUUAUGUAAAGUUCCCUACUCCUUUGCGACCAUUUGUCACCAGAAGCAUCUUAGUGGAAACCUUUGAAGAGAGUGAACCCAUUUCAAACUACUUGAGCUCCGAGGUACCCAAGGAAGUGAAGCAGAGGAUAGCCAAGAUGGGAGUAGACACGCUGCUGAAAAUGGUUUUUUUGGAUAACUUCGUCCAUGGGGAUCUUCAUCCAGGCAACAUACUUGUCCAGUGUCAGGGUCCUCUCGCUGGCUCGGGAGACGGUACUGGUAUUUCAGGGGAGCACCAUGGGAAAACCACGCUCACUGAUUUGUUGGACACGGUGGUGGUCAGUGUCAGGCCACCGCCGUGUCCUAUCCAGCUGGUCUUGUUGGAUGCUGGCAUUGUAGCCCAGCUCAGUGACCGUGACCUUGCCAACUUUAAGGCUGUCUUCACAGCUGUGGUGCUGCGUCAGGGUGAGCGUGUGGCAGAGUUGAUUCUGAAUCAUGCCCGAGCUAAUGAGUGCAAGGAUGCCGCGCUGUUUAAAAAGGAGAUGGCUGAGCUGGUGGAUCAUGCCCUCAGCAGCAACACCCUCUCACUGGGAAAGGUCCAGGUAGCCGACUUACUUUCCAGAGUCUUUGGCCUACUCAUCAAACACAAGGUCAAGCUGGAGAGCAACUUUUCCUCAAUAAUUUUCGCUAUCAUGGUGCUGGAAGGCCUGGGAAGGUCUCUCGAUCCCAACUUGGACAUUCUGGAUUUAGCCAAACCCCUGCUGUUGAAGAACUGUGCCUCGCUGCUGUGAUGCACACACAAAGGAAGCAGCUGUAUAAUAAAUGUACACACAAGCGUAGUAUGCCUUUAGUGGAUCUACAGUUCAUGUGUACAUCCUAAUAAUACCAUGACGUUUGUCUUUAGGCUUACAAUGCAAGAUAUUCCUGUGUGGCAUACACAUCUCCUCCACAUUUCCAUAGUGGUGAUACCAAAAUAUACCUCAUUAUAUGGUCAAAUUUGUGGGUAUUCCCACUUUUAUCACUCCUAUUAGGAAAUGUGUUAUCUGUUUGACUAAAAUAUCCACUACACCCCUUGAAGUUUAUUGCAGGCUGUUGGCUGAGUCGGAGGGGGGAAGUGGCACCAGAGGGCAUUUGUUGGGAUUUACGAUCUAAAACAAAAUACUGCUAAAAUCACAUGUUGAUAUUUUAAAGCACAUUUUAAUGUUUAAUGACUAAUAUUGAUCUCAGGACAUCUAUUAUCACUCCAUCCUUUAUUGAAUCCUAAAAAUGUAAUUGAGUGGACCAUGUUUGCUUCAGUGUGAAUCACAAUGUACUGUAUCACAUUCUUAUACACUAGGUUGACAAUGUGUUGACUAAUUGUAACACACAAAACUGACCUGGGUAUUGUAGCAUACACUAUAUUGCAGAAAGUUUUGACUCAUCUGCCUUCACGUGCAUAUUGAACUUUCAUAUUGUUUAAUAUGUGGGCUCACCCUUUGUCGCUAUAACAGCUUAAAGUCUUCUUGGAAGGCUUUCCAUAAGGUUUAGAAGUGUGUUUGUGGGAAUUUUUGACCAUUUCCAGAAGCACAUUUGUGCAAGAAGCUCUCUAUGCACUGUUCUUGAGCUAAUUUCUGUAGCGACUGACUGUGCAGCAAGUUGGUGACCUCUGCACACUAUGUACCUCAGCAUCCCAUGAUCUUAUUACACAAUAUAAUACCACUAACAGCUUACUGUGAAAUACUUAGGAGUGGGGAAAUUACUUUAUAGACCUGUGACAGUGGAAGUGCUUGGAACACCUAAUGAUUUGGAUGGGUGAGUGAAUCCUUUUGGCAAUAUAGUGUAUUUUUAAAAUUAUUAGAUUGAAUGUGAGUUAUUCAUGUCAAUAAAAAGAGAACCUGUAGUGA